AGGGUGUCGACAUGGCUUUCCAAGUCCCCUGCAUCCUCAUCGUGCGUCCUGAUUAUACAGUGGAGGACGCAGAGCCGACGAGCAUCUUCCACGGGCCGGACGACAUCCUGGAGCCCGGGAAGCGGCCGCACGUCGGCUGGGUCCGGCAGAGGCGCUUCGAGAACCGGGCGCUGGACAGAUCGAGCGAGUUCCACGAUGUGCUCCACGAGGCGCCGGUCGAAGGUUACGAUGGUGGCGCGGAUCGGCCUGAUCUCCUGGCGGGUGAUGGCGGAGAUCUGACGUAUUUGGGAUUGUUGUCGUGUUGGUGCCGGUGCGCUCCAUUGCGUGCAUCAGGGGGCGUGUUUCAGGAGG